AUGAACUACAAAUUUGAUACUAGUGAUUUAACUCGUCGCCUUAAACGCACGUUCGACGGAAAUGUUUCGUACCGGAAGUUGUUUUUCUUACUGUUUGUUGUGGCGGUAUUUUUGCUGUACAUAGGUCCAUCUAUAUUAAGAUGGUUGUUUGGCCAUUCGGAACCAACGAGAGACCAAUCUAUGCGUUGCAUGGACGAUCGGCUAACACCGUUCUAUCUGCAGAACUUUGAGUACAACGUUAAUAUUCGGCAUCAACCAACGUAUUCGCAUGAGCAUGAUGCAAUUCCCUACGUCGGCAACGGAUGGUUUGGAUUAGAGAUACAUGCCGAUGCGCACCUCAAUAUAUUUCGUGGCAGAACUCUGUCACAACCUGUAAAUUUCCACCCGAUUGUUAGUGUGGCCAGUUCAGCACCGGGCAGAGAAGCCACCGUUGUCGAGUAUUUGAGCGGCAUCGUUCAUCGAUUUCAAUGUUUUCCAGAUGGUUAUCAUGUAUCUUAUCAGUACUAUGCCCACCGCACAAUGCCGUUCGUGUUAGUGCAAGAAAUUCAGUUAACAAACACCAAAAACCAGUUAACCGAUAUUGAAUUGAUCGUGCCCAGAAUUUCGGAUUGGCCCUCUGCGAUUGUAAAGAAUGUCAAAUUCCAGCAUGCGUCGGCAAUAUUAGAAUAUCAGGUCGUUACGGGAAUGGUUGAUAUGGGCCCAAUGGCUGGAAUCACUGGUGACGCUAACGUACGAGUGGUGUCAAUUGUUUCCCGUAAACUACCACGCGUGAUAACGCUCAAGAAAAGGGGUACCACGAAGCUGGAAUUACUCCUCACCAUCAAUUAUUCCGAGCCAAUUUCACGCGAUAAAUACAGUGCUCAUAAAGAAUCAAUCGAAAAACAAGCAAUCGAAGCCAUGAAUAAAGCACUGCUAGCUGCCGAGCAUGGCGAACAAAAUGCAUACCAUAAUUUCAAACGUGACCAUGCUCUCGUUUGGAAUAAUCUGUGGGAAACUGGCUUCCAUAUAAGCACCUCAAAAGCAGAGAACACCUUAAACGGAAACAAUAUUAAUGCGACAAUGUACGCGGUCAUUUCGCAGGCUCGUGCAUUCGAGUUUGAGGAGUCGGUGACCAAUGCUCGAAAGGAACAAAUUGCCCGGGCUUUAACAUAUGCAGAAGGUUGCUACGAUAGCUAUCAUACGCUUCAAGCGGAAAAUUUGUGGCGUUCUAUGACUACCUUUGAAGAGCUGAAUUCCGUUGUAGGUUCAUGGAUGCUGACAUUAGAAAAACAAGGAUGUCACAAUCUUAUCAAAGCCGGUGCUAGUGGCAUAGUUCAAGCGAUGGUGCUUAGCUUCGGUGGAUUCCGGUUUAGCAACCAGCAUUUGGAGUUGAACAUCCAUCCGAAAUAUCUGCAUCGUGAUUACGCUUUCCGUAGGUUGAACUAUGGAAACUUGACCCAUCUAAAUAUUUCGAUCACCGUUCGGGAGGACAACAAGGCGGUACUAUACGUGGCAUUAGAUAGAUCUGAUCGAAAUUACUAUGCUUGCGAUGCGGGUUGUCUUGACGACCCAGUGCAAUUGCGUCAGACCCGAGCAGCAUUCCCAGUGAAACUUACCGAACCGGUCACUUCAAUUCUGUACAUAACAUCGGACAGGAAGCAUAUGGAAGAUCUCAGGCAUGCAAUCCAUGUAAAGGAGGUCGUAGAAGCGCCAGCACAUGAGCAUCAUGUGAUCGCCUUACAUCGACACGGGCACCAUUUGGGAGGACUACCAACACUUUUUUGGGUGUCUAUAUGCGUUAUUAUAAUCGUCUUUCACGUUUUUCUCUGCAAACUUAUAGUGAAGGAGUAUUGUGAACCACCAGACAAGAUGAGAUAUCGCUAUAGCAAACCAUAAGCGCGGAGUUUUUCGUUCCUUGUAAAUAUUUAGUUUAUUUGCGUUCGUCAUUUGAGUGACUAACCCAGUGAAAGCUAUCCUCAAAAAGUAUACAUUAACGUUGCUUUAUUCCAUGCGACAUUCAGAUCAACUGAUAUGUCGGAUAAAUCGUAACAAUUUGCAAUACUGUUCGCAAUAAUGUAAAAAGUUAGGUGUCGUUACUUCUUUGAUUGCAUCUUAUAAUAGAUAUAUCAAGCAGGUGAUACCAAAUAAACCAACAAAAAAAUAUUUUGUUCAGAAUGUACGAUUGUA